UUUGUCGUAGCUUGUUUCCAAGCCUCUUUUUGUUUGACAGGAGUGGUGGCUGCCAAAACGCACCAGGACCUCAUUGAAGGAAUUCCUGAUGUUCGAAAGGUUGUGGAUGAUAGAAUCCUAGAUGAUGAGGUUCUUACCAAGCAGCGGGAAAUUUCACAAUUGAAAGCAGAGAUUGCGCAGACCAAGGAAAUUCUCCGAAAAAAGGAGGAAGAGAUGAAAAAAGUCAAAAGCGAAGCUUUUAGUGCAGCACAAGAUGCUAGACGCAUUGUACUUGAGCAUGAAAAAGAAAAAGAACCAAUCCACUCACUUCCUGGCAAUCAAAGAGAGGUAAGAACAGUCCCAAGCAGCAGCGUUGCCAGUGCGAGACUGGUAAAAGAUCAGGCAAGCAAGCAGGUUGCGGAAGGCGAUCAGCGUGCAGUGUCAGGCAACGAAUCAGCGGAGAAAGCGACCAAAGCCACGGCGACCAAAGUGACCACAGUCACCAAAAAUCACUCGAACCACUCCGAGGCAAACAUCUCAGUGUCCCAUUCCAAUGUCUCAGCCGUGAGGUACGGCUCCGAAGCGUGCCCAUGCAUCGGUUUUGAUAACUUGGAAGGUGAAGCAUUGACAUUGAUCGAUGGAAAGAUGGUCAAGUACCCAGCAGAUCUUGGGAGCAGUUGCGACACUUGGGAUGAUGGGGUCCACCCUCAGUGCGCAGAAUCAGAGAAGGGCAAAUGGUGCGGGCAGCCCUGGUGUUAUGUAGAUCCUCGACAAUGCAAACUGGAUGUGCUUCCCACAAUGAGUACAUACAUGCCCACAGCACGUUACAAGCACAUGCCCCUUUUCUACUCAUACUCCACCUGCGGAAGCAGCUGGGGGCAAGAAGCGCAGGUUGCGGUGAUGGGCAACGGUGGAUGCAGAUGUGUUGGUGUCAACAACAUGCCAGGGAGCCUUAAAUUUGACAUUGAUCAAGACAAUGUGCUCUAUCCUGCGGAAGCUGGUGGUUCAUGUGACGCAUGGGACCUUGACAACCAUCCUCAGUGCACUGUGAAGGGUAGCAAACCAGAAUGGUGCAACAGGAAAUGGUGCUUUGUAGAUCCUUGCUCUUGUUCUGUGUCGCAACCACCCAAGGUGUCCACCUACCUCAAUGGAACUAUGCAAGGAAAGAGUAUCUACUACUCCUAUGAGACUUGCGGCAACGAGGAUAUGUUUACUGCCACCUAUGCGAAGGCAGUCUGUGUCCUGGAGAAGACCAAGGAUACGUGCAACAAAAACCCAAAAUGUCUAUGGUCUGGUGAUUCAUGCCUGGGCAAGGAACUUGUUGAUAAAGAUGCCUGUUUGGCGAAAACAGCCCAAGAGGCUCAAACCUCAGAGGAGGAGGAGAGAAGCUUCGCGGCAUCGCUUGCCUCACAAGUACGCUGA